GUGUAGUGCACGAGACUAUCAGCUCAGGUCAUGAUUUUCAUAAUGGUGUACCUGUGAUCCCACCUUCAUCUGAAGAACAAAAUCCAGUAAUGAGGGUAGCGACUGUGCAAGAUAAAGUGGCUGAAGCUGGAGUGCUUGAUAAAGAGUCCAAUAUCUAUGCAAGUUUGGGUGAGGACCAAGGGAAUCUUGUGUCCGUGCAUUCAUCUUCAUUUGAAAAUCAAAUCCCGGUAAGCGCCUCAGGGAAACAGAACGGUGAAGCACAGUGUUUGGCUUCUACUAGUACAACUCAGGUCAGUCAGCAGAACUUAGUUGAUUCUGCAGUCAAUGGAAUCUCUUAUCAGGAAAUGCCCCUGGAAAGUUCACCCACGGCAGACCAAGACCAAGGUACUGAUAUGGCCACAUCAAGUGCAGCACAAGCUUGCGUAAAUCAGAAUACUGGUCAACCCAUGGAAAAUCCUUUCCACGACGAAAUUGAAGUUCAGCCAAGUGGUGAAGACUCUGACUUCAAUCAAGUUCUCCAAGUGGCAAUGCAAUUUUAUUCCCGUCUCCCUGCUCUUUCUGAACAAACUGUUUCACAACCUCUGACAAGUUUUUCCUUGAAUCAGCGAGCUCAUGCACCUACUAAUGGUUUUGAUAUACCUUUCUCACACACAAGACCUACAUUUGUUACAUCUCAUUUGCUUCUUCCUUUCAACUGUGAAUUGCUUCAACAUGAAUUGGAAAGAUUGGAAAGAGAAAGAGAAGAAAGCCUCAAGUCUCAUGAAGAUAAAAAGCUGCAAUUGAAAUCUGAUAUGGAGAAGGGGAUAGAGGAAUUGAAAGCUGAAAUUUGUCAAGAGUAUGAGACCAAGCUCCAACAGAUAGAAGCGGAAUUUAUCCUUAAAAAGGAAGAUUUGCUUGCAAUUCACAAAAAAGUAUUAAUCCAUAUGUUGCUGGCUUGUGCUUGGGAUCUGGCUUUCAAGUCCAAUGUCAUGGAUAUUACAGGUUCAAGUUCAUCUGGAGUGCAUCAUGGUGGGAACUAUACUGUUGACCGCCAACUGGUUUGGUCAUAUAUGCAGCAAAAUGCACAAAUGCCUUCUCUAGUUUCCGGUUCAUCUUCAGCCAACCCUCCUGCAGCUUGCCGACAGUCAACUCCACUUGCAUUGGCAACCAUUCCACACUAUACAGCUCCACUGAGACAAAGUGUUGAGUUUUUGCCUACUCCUCCUGUCUUUUCUUUGACCAAUCCAGCAAGUCAUCCCCACAUCAGUUCCUUCUCUUUGACAGGAGGACCUCAAGGUAGAGUUGAGAUUCGAGCCCCUCUCCAAGAUCAACCUUGUAGACCUUCAAUACCCUUUACUGGAGGUACCAGUGCUUUCUCUCAUGAAGAAGGGUCAUCUAAUCAUCAGUCACAAAGAAACUCACUUUCAUCGUCUCUCCCGGAACUUUUUAUCUCACAACAACCGACACCAACACAAAUUUCUGAUCCCUACAAUAUGCAACAUGAUCAUGAAAUUGCUGGGGAACCUUCAUUAUCCGUCACUGGUACCGGUCCUGUCUAUCAACAAUGUGGGGUUAUAUUAAAUCAGCAGCAACACACUACUUCUCCUCCGUCUCCCCCAUCACUUCCUCCUCCUACUCAACGACCUUUGCUCCUCACACAGCAAUUUGUUCCUAGUAAUAUGGUCCGUCACCGUGAAACUACGGAAGGAUUGCCAGCUCUUCGUAGUGCAUCUGCACUGGAGUUGCUUACCGACACGGGUUAUCCAUCUUCACGUAGUUGGCGUUCAACACAGAAUGGUUCAAGACUUGAAUCAUCUAGUGGAUCCACAGAUAUAGUUUGUUUAUCAGAUGAUGAGUAACUUUUUCUUCAAUCCCUAGUUUUUCAACUUGUUUCACCAUGUGUCCCAUUACUCCCAUAUUAUGACUGCGGGAGUUCGGAAUGAUCUGAUGCCACUGGUGAGCAGAAAGUUAUAAAUGGGAAGUACCAAAGACUUUCUAGCAGCAAGAGUAACAUUACUAUUAUUACUAUUAUUAUUUGCCCUUAUUAUUAUUAUUUUGAGAAGAAGCAACAAGAGUAAGAGUAUAAUGACUAUUUGGAUGUUUGCAUUUGUUCCUGGUAAUAUGUAUUACACUAUACUGCACAUUUUGUAGAGCUUUCC